AAAUUCAACACUUCUGGAAAACAAAAGUCCAGUGUUGGAUCUGUAUGGAUCUGUAGUUAUUGAUGUUAUUCAUACUUUGACAAAGUAAAUAUAAUAAUAACUUGGUUAAACAAUAAUGCAAAAAUUAUGGAAUAUAGUCAUUUAUAUUCUAUAACUAAUAUAUACAGUAAAAGAAGACAAAAGGUAAGAAACUUAAAAUGACUGCUAAAAAUUCUUUUGAUGGGUGGAGUCUUGAUAGAAUUCUUGGAACUGGAGGAUUUGGUAUUGUUGAGCUUUGGGUACAUGUCAAUGGUACAAAACUUGCAAUCAAAAGAUGUAAAUGGGACAUUAAACAGUUAACAGAAACCCAACAAAACAGAUGGAUCAAUGAAGUACAGAUAAUGAAACGUUUGAAACAUACAAAUAUUAUCAAAGGUUUAGAAUUGCCAUUUAAGCAUCCUAAUGAUAGAACAGAGUUACCUGUUUUGUGUAUGGAAUUUUGCAAGAAAGGUGAUCUGAGAAAGGUUUUGUGUAAAACAGAAAAUUGUUGUGGUGUAAGUGAAAAGGAAGCAAUUAGUGUUAUGAAAGAUAUUUCUUCUGCAGUGGAAUAUUUGCAUUCUAAUAAAAUUACCCAUCGAGACUUGAAACCUGAAAAUAUAGUUUUGCAAGAUAAACAUGAUAUUAUUUCAUAUAAAUUGAUAGAUUUAGGUUAUGCAAAAGAACUUGGAGAAGCUAGUACUUCUGCAUCUUUAGUAGGUACAUUAAAUUAUGUAGCCCCAGAGCUUUUAUGGAAACAGAGGUAUAGUUGUUCUGUGGAUUAUUGGAGUUUAGGUAUUCUCUUUUACGAAAUGGUUACUGGGUCGAGACCGUUUCUUCCAAGAAUGCAGCAUACUAUGACAUGGAUGCAACAUAUUAAAAAUAAAAGAUAUGAAGUUAUUCGUGCCUUUGAAUCAGAAGGAAAGAUAAUUUUUGAUACAGACAUUGCUAAUCCCACCAAUCUAUCGAGAUGUCUUAGAGAUAAACUAGCGGAAUGGUUUAGAGUAGUAUUACAAUGGGAUCCAAAGGAAAGAGGAAGGCAAUGUGACAAAAACGGAGUACCACAACUUGUUGUGUUCAAAUUGUUGCAUACUAUUUUAUCUAAAGAGAUAAUCCACGUAUUCUCCGCAUCAACGUACAAAAUUUAUUCCUAUGAAGUAGAUCAAACUACUAGUAUCACUGAGUUACAAUCCAUGAUUGAAAAAGAUACUACUACUCUAGUAAACCAGCAAACUUUAACGGAUUACUUCGGCAAAAUUCUUAUUGAAAACAAAAAACCACUUUUGUCACAAAUUCAGGACCCAGUUUUGUUUGUCUUUAAAACUGGAAGUACAUUAAUAGAGAAUAUACCUACACCAAAUUUUCCUUUAGAAAUUCAAAAAAUGAUAGAAUUAUCUGGAACUCAAUUGGAUAUUGAAACGUUAAAAGAUUAUUACAGAGUAGCAGUGUUUUUUAUUAAGCAAGAAAUAUAUUUAUUUCAACUGUAUAUUUUUGCUAUGACUAUUGAAGUAGAUUUAUUCAUUAAAAGACUCAAUACAUUCAACGAAAACAUAAUAAAUACAUUGAAGAACAUAAAUACCCUCCUGAGUAAAUUGUCCAUCAUUCGUGUUCAAAAGGGGAAAGAAUCUUUAAAUAAAGAACGAACAGAAGCUGUAGAAAUCAGUUAUGAAAAAGUCAGUAAACUUGUCAAUGCCACUGAACAAAUAAAAUUAAAAUUUGAUUUACUAACCCAAGAAGGUAAUGAAUUGGAAAAAACAGCCCAGUCUAUUGAUUGCAUCAAAGAUAUAUCUCAAUUAUAUGAUAAAGCAGUAAAAAUAUUUGAAUCAUGUAAAAAUAUGAGUCAUGAAAAUCUUCGUAGAAGUUCAAAACCAACAGACAUGGUAAAAUUAAUUUUCGAUUUUCUACAAGUAUUGGAAACGCAAUUUCGUAAUGAAAAUAUUUCUGAAAUUUUAAAACAAACAGCAAAAUUGGAAUCAGAGCUUCUAAAGCUGGAAAGGAUCUUUGAGUCUGUUCUUGCUAUGACUACUGUAUAUCAUGAAAAAGUUCAAAAUAUAGUACAAUUUCCUUUUGAUUAUAUGGCUAAAGAACCUAAUGUAGAUAUGUGCUUAAAUACACAAAUUGACAUACGUAUAAAAAAUAAUGACACUAUGGAAGUAUCUAAUGAAUUUAACAGCAAUCGGACAUUAAAUACAUCUGUUAAGAAUACCAAAGAUAGUGAUGCAAAUAGUGACCUAAUAUACGACAAUUUAGUCAUACGUUAUACGUUAGAUAAUCUUCUGAUAGAGUUACAGAAAAAAUACAUGGAAAUGAUUGAUCUGGAGUCGUAAACAAAUUAUUCUGCACUAUUCUUCAUUUAAGUUUUAUUAGAUGCAGCAAUCAAUUCGAUGUCUUUUCUUUUAUCAAUUAAAGAUUUAUGUUUAGUCAUAGUAACUCCAAUUAUUAAAAUCAUGCUCUUGCGUCACUUUUCAUCUCCGUGAAAACACGGAAAAUUCAAAUUUAAAAUAGUAGUACUAAAGACACCGAAUUAAUUGGUAUGAACUUACAUACACAUAAUAGAUUAUUGUUUACGUUUACAGCAUAUUUUAUUGGUUUUUUGAUAUUCGUGGAAUAUAAUGACGCACGCCCCAUUUAAUAUUAGCUUCUUUAUCUGUUUUAAGGAAUGUAUAUGUAGGUCCACUUAUUAUAUUUUUUGGUAUCAUUUUCUUCCGGAUAUUAGUAAAUGGCUUCGCAAGAUCUGUAAAAUAUUAUUCAAUCAAAAUUGCUGAUUUCAAAUUGGCUGUGGACAAAAAGUUUAAUCAAAAAUAGCGUAUGAUGAGGUAAAUAUAUAGUAACUUAAAAGCAUUAAUGUAACUAGGAGUUUUUUUAGGGUCGGGCAAAGUAUUUAUUUCUUUUAAGACUAGUGGAACGCCCCGUGCUGUGCACGAGGAAUUAAUUAGUUACAAUAUAAAUCAAUUAAAAUUUGACUUUUGGGCCUCGGCUCAACCUUCCCAGUUA